AUGGCAGCAGCAGCAGCAGCAGCUCGUACUGCCCCGAUCCAGGUCAUCAAGCGCGUGUGGGAGCGCAUCGCGCCGCUCUCGCUCGCCGAGACGAGCUGGGACAAUGUCGGCAUCAUUGUCGAGGCGCCCUUCCCCAGCGCCGAGGCGAAGCAGGUGCUCCUGACGAUUGACCUCACGCCCGCCGUGUGCGCCGAGGCGCUCGCCCUCCCCUCGUGCUCGGCCGUCAUCGCGUACCACCCGCCCGUCUUCCGCGCGCUCAAGCAGCUGACGCUGUCGGACCCGCUGCAGGCGUCGCUCCUCAAGCUCGCCGCGCGCGGCAUCUCGGUAUUCUCGCCCCAUACCAGCCUGGACGCGACGCCAAAGGGCAUCAACACGUGGCUCGUGGAGCCGUUCCUCCCCAUCGCGGCCAGCUCCGCGCCAGUCGAGGCGUCCUCCCCGGUCCCCGAGGGAUUCGAGGGCGCCGGCAUGGGCAAGGUUGUCACGCUCAAGCAGAGCUUGCCGGUCGACGAGGUGGUGCAGCUCGUCAAGAAGCACCUCGGGCUCGCGCACGUCCAGCUCGCGACCCCGGCCACGGCCAAGCCCAUCUCCAGCAUCGCGGUGUGUGCCGGUUCCGGCGGCUCGGUGCUCCGCGGGGUCAAGGCCGACCUCCUCAUCACGGGCGAGAUGUCGCACCACGAGGUGCUGUCAUUCAUCGCGAAUGGCCAGUCGGUCAUCCUCGCAAACCACUCCAACACUGAGCGGCCUUACCUCGCUGCAGUGCUCCGCGGCUGGCUCGAGAAGGAGCUCAACGCCGAGGCCGAGAAGGGAUGGGAGGUCAUUGUUAGCAAGGUCGACGCCGACCCCCUGCGUGUUGUUUAA